AUGUCUAAGCAGCUUAAAGACAGCCAAACUGAGGAUUUGAUAAAUUUCAAUGCCUAUGAUACCGAUCAUUCUACAAAAGCUCAUAAUUAGAGAUAAAAUGAUAAUCAUAAUCCAAAGGUAUUCAAAUACUAGAUCCUUGUUUUUUGUCUCUCUUAUUUUUCUUACUGCUCUAUACAUUUCCAUAGAGAAUUCUGGUCUAUGAGCAAAGUUACUAUUUAGAACGAUCCUAAUAUGGGGAAAGACCUUCCAAAAGAUGUGCUUAGUAAAUUUGAUUUCGCCUAGCUCUUAUCCUAUGCUAUUUGCAUGUAUGCUAGUGGAAUGAUUGGUGAUCGCUACAAUCAGAGAAAACUCUUAACUGUAGCCUAUCUAGGUUUAUCGUUGUGUUUCUUAUGUCAAGCAAUCGGAGGAUUCGCUCAUGUUACAAAUUAAUUCUUUUACUACUUACUCUUUAUAUUCAUUGGGCUAUUCAACUCUAUGCUUUUUCCUAAUUUUAUCUCAGUGCUCGGAAACUGGUUCACCAAAAAGCACAGAGGGCUGAUUGUGGGAAUGUGGACUACUUGCAAUAAUAUUGGCAAUAUUAUUGGUAUCUAACUAGCUUCAAUUCUCCUGGAUGCUUAUGAUGGAUAGUGGCCAUAUCUAUUUCUAACUAUUUCUGUGAUAGUAUUUCUAUUUGCUAUAUUAAUUUACUUUUUCUUUGUAAUCGAACCUUAAAAUGUUGGAUUAUACUUGAACGACUAAGAACCUGAAUACAACAAUUAACCAUUAGAUGAUAACUAAUCAAAUAACUAGCCAUUGCUCGCAAAUAAUUAAAACUAAGAGUAUAAAGCUAUCAAUGAUGUGAAUAGUAUUUUGGAAGAAGCUGAAGCAGAGAAAUCUGAAAAUCAAAUAAAUUUCUUCUAAGCUUGGAAGGUUCCAAGAGUUUUCCUAUAUGCCUCAACUUUCUUUGGACUUAAGUUUGCUGUCUAUAGCAUGCUACUUUGGUUGCAUUUAUACCUCUAAGGAGAACUUAUGUACACUAAAUAAUAAUCAGCUAAUGUUUCAACUUUCUUUGAUUUAGGUGCUAUGAUAGGUAGCAUCGUUCUCGGCUAUAUCUCAGAUAAAGCUUACAAAACAAGAUCCCCAGUGGCUUUUAUUGCUAUUUUGUUUGCUACUGGGAUAAGUUAUGUGAUAAGUUUCAAAAACUCAGAUAUGAAUAUUCAAGUCUUCACCUUUUCCAUGUUCUUCUUCGGAUUCUUUGUAAGCGGAUUGAAUAACAUCGUCUCAGGAUCAUGUGCUGCUGACAUUGGAAAAUAAUCCUAAUUACAAACACACGCAAAAAGUAAGACUACUGUUAUUGGUAUUAUCGAUGGAAGUGGAGCACUUGGCUCAGCUAUUGGGUAACUCAUCAUUGGGGAAACUCAAAAAGCGUUUGGCUAUCUUUUAGGAAUGUGGCUUGUUGUCUCAGUUGAUAUCUCUAUCACAAUUAUUCCUGUCCUUAUCAUUCUGUUAAAGGACCUUAAUCUAAUGAGAUGA